GCACCAAUAGCAUAAUACCAGUUAAUUUCACUGAUAUCGAAUGUACGUGGGAUUUCGAAACGGAAAUGACAGUAUCAUUCGGUUGUCCGGCCAGUCGUGUUGCGUACGAUCGUUUCCACGUCGAAUACGAAAAAUCGUGGUUAGUCAGCAAUCAACAAUAUAAUGAACACUGCUAUCUUCGUAGUGAUUUGUCUACUGUCGACGGGCGCUUUGUUACACCUACCCGUGUUAGUUCAGUAUCUCUCAACUCCUCCGGACCAGUCGGCGAAUAUAACAAAGUCGACAAAUCUAAACAACUGGUGGUCGCAGAAUUUCAAUCAGAGUCAGCUACUGGAACAGACACUAGCCCAGGACCUGUUACAGCUUCGCCUUCCGGAGGAGGAGUUACAAGAAGAAAAUGAACAACCCGUGUCCGCUGACGAAUAUCGAAGAAUACACAAUUCCAAUCAUGCUGCUUGUGCAACUGUUCACUACAGGAAUCUGGAAUGGUGGCCUGACGAAUCGUGUUUCGAUCACGGAGAUAAAUACCUUCGCUUCAUUCACGAUCUUAUCGAGUAUCGUCAAAAUAAAAACAUACCUAUACUUAAUGCACCUAUAGAUUUUGUAAAUCAUCCGGAAAUAAUGGAUAUAAUGAAAUAAACACAAUUUUUUUAAUCAUUA